GCCUUGUUAUCUCUACCAAUCAGGGCAAUGGUUUUAUACAUUGUCUGGCCAACCACAUUCUCUUAAACUUUUUAGUGUCUACCUCUCUAGAUCUUGACAAAAGGCAAAGAGUGGCAGAGAAGGUAAUAGAUAUGGCUACAUUUAGAAUUCCGAGAUUUUUUCUUUUGUAUGCUCUUCUGUUUCUCGCGUUAAUUCAAUCCAGUGUCCAUGGCAAAAUUUACCAAGUUGGAGAUUUAGAUGCUUGGGGCAUUCCCACUGAAUCAAAUCCAAAUGUCUACUCUAAAUGGUCCAAGAAUCAUGAGUUCAAGAUUGGAGAUUCCCUCUUUUUCUUGUACCCACCAAGUCAAGAUUCUGUCAUACAAGUGACAGAAGAAUCCUACAAUAGCUGCAACUUGAAAGAUCCAAUCUUGUACAUGGAUAAUGGAAAUUCCCUCUUCAAUAUAACUGCGCCGGGGGAGUUUUACUUGACGAGUGGAGUUGAUGGGCACUGCCAAAAAUCACAGAAACUACACAUUUCUGUGUCUGGAAAUGGAUCUUAUGCUGCAGUUUCGCCGGCGACGUCUGCUCCUUCUCCCUCUUAUCCUACUGUUUUUGGGUCGAUUCCAGUACAGGCUUCUGCUGCUCCAUUGCACAAAAUCCCAAUUUUGAUGUCAGUACUAAUUGGAUUUUUUGCUUCCCUUCUCUACUUCUAGCAAGAUAAAUGAUAUAGCCAUGAGCCAUCAUCUUGUCAUGUCAUGCUGAGUUUUAAUUGCUUCUUAAUGUUUUUGUUUUCAACUUUGUUGUAUUCUUUGAUUUGUAGAAAGAUAUUAUUGAAGGAUAUAUUUUUCUCGA